AUGGAAUCGUAUAGCCCUCAAUGCAAAGUUGCUGCCAACAAAUGCAUCGAAAAUGACCUGAAGUACAACAUCACAGAGCCUGAUUUCGAAACCCCUUGCUGGAAGAAUUUCCUUGAUCUUUGCUUGCCUACAACGAAACUUCCGCCAUCUAGAACCUGCCCACAAGCAAGCUUAGCCUUAGUGAUGCCGCUUAUUGUGGUGGCAGUGCUGUCAAUCGCAGCCAAUUCUCUGGUCUGCGUCGUAUUCUCUCUCUACAGACAGCUUAGACUUAUAAGACAUUACUUCGUUGUUAACCUCGCAGUAGCUGAUAUCCUCAUUGCUGCCAUACUGAUACCGUUGUUUGCCGCAGCCCAGUUGACAACUAAUAACGUUAUUUUAUACCGAUGCCAGAUUGUCCUGGACAUCGCCUGUGGUACAGCGUCUAUUCUAUGCCUUGUCAUGAUCAGCCUGGAGCGGUAUGUGGCAGUGAAGUACUCACUUUACUAUCACUCCAUAGUUACUCAAAGGAAAGCUGUUUUUUGUAUGGUCUUUAUUUGGGUGUAUUCGUCCAUUGUGUCCUGUGCAGCUUUUCUAUCCCUCUUAAAGAAACCGGAAAACGAAGAAGAUGAGCGGUGUAUGUUUAUUGGCCGAGAAUACGUGACAUUUAUCACCUUGGCGAGUUUUGUGUUUCCAGCAGCUGUCAUGUCUGUAGCUUACUGGAAUAUUUUUCUUGUGGCACGUAUGCACGCACGAAGGAUACAAUCACAAUCCUUGCCAAAUGAUUCAAUGGGAUCCAAACGUGGCAUAAAGAGAGAGCUUAAAGGGGCAAAAACUUUGACCGUGAUAAUGGGUACUCACUUCUUCUGCUGGUGCCCUCUGUUUGUUUUCUUUCUUGUUUACACGUAUUGCCCAUCAUGUCGCGGCAAAUCUAUGGACGCUAUCAACUAUGUCAUAUUGUUCCUUCGUUAUUGUAAUUCUCUGGCAAAUCCUCUAAUUUACAGUGGAAUUAACAAACAAUUUCGCGCUGGUAUCAAGCGAUGCUUGUUCCGACGAGAUGAAUAUAUUGAAGAAAUGCAAACCACGGCUGCUACUCAGAGAAUGUAA